CUCCGUCGUGCGCCUUGGUGAGGAUCGAGGUUGCUGUCAGCAUGGCGCAGAACGCAAAGAUUGGUGCCCUGACUGAGGACUUGAUUCAGUCAAUAGUCAAAUUCGAUCCGGAGACCAACCGACAGGCCUACAAGCACGCCAAAGAUGUUGCGAAGCAGGGUCUGCGAGCACAUCAGUAUGUUCGGACGAAUCAGUUCGACGUGGAGGCCAGCUUUAACGGGUUGGACGAGAAAUUUCGAGUCCUGAACCGGGAUGAUCUCGCGGACGCGCUCGACAAGCGUAUCAAGGAACUCCAAACCGUGCCCAACAAGUGGAUACCGGAAUAUCUCUCAUUGCUCUUGCAGCUCUCAGAUCGGCCAGUAGAGAACUCUCAAGUGGAGGCUUUGGACCUGCUCAGACCUCCUCCAUCGCCUCCACCACUGACGUGGGCGGAGAUUGUCGCAGACGAUCCAUACAGUGAUGAAGAGAUAUGGAAGGAUGUGGACUACGCGGCAGAAUCAUCCGAGGAGGAGAGAGCUCCAAAGAUCCGCGGAGGGCGGGGCGACAAGGAGGAUUCUCCAGCGUCCAGCAUCGAUAAAGAUGACACAUUUGAUCCAGAAUCCUGUGUGAUCGCAGUGGAAACAGAUGCUAUUGAAGAGAUCACCAAGGCGCAGUUUUGGAAAGCUAGGCCUGAGGAAGACCUUCAGAAAAUCGCAAUCACAGAAUUGCAAGCGAUCAGAGAGACACUCUUUAUGCUAUCGGGGCUCCCGACAUCCCUCUACCUUAGCAAUGCAAAGAAUGGCAGCAUUCGCGUCUGCCAAAAGUAUAACUUCAGCCAUGCUAUCACGACAACCAUCGAAGACCUCCUUUCUCAAUUGGCCGAUAUUGGGAGAGAUCUUUAUCGUCUUCGUCAGUGGACCCGCCGAGGUUCCUCGCUUCCGCUUAUCCAGACCUUCGAAGCUGCCAUCAAAGCUAGGCUGGGAAGCUACGAUCAAUACCUUGCCUCAUUACAACAAAAAUAUUUAGUUCCAGAUACUCCGAUAGCAGUGAGCCUGCUUGAACUGCACCACGAAGUACGCACAGCCUCUAGACCUUUACUCCAGCUAGCGCAGCUAGUGGCGGACAUUGAGCCUUUACUUCUUGUGAACCCCUUCGCUCAUCUCGAGACGCUAUUUGACCGCGCUGGUAUUGCUCAGAUGACCUUAGAAUUCGACGUCUUUGAGUUCUUGUCCAAGAUCUUCUUUGAAUGUCUCCAAACCUACUUGAAGCCGAUCAGGAAGUGGAUGGAGUCUGGCGAACUUGGAACCAAUGAUGAGACCUUCUUCGUUUUUGAGAGUGACUCGGGGAGUGAAGUAUCAUCGCUCUGGCAUGAUCGAUACGUACUCCGUCGAGGACAAGGGAAUGCGCUUCGCUCUCCAAAUUUCCUUCAACCUGCGGCGGGGAAAAUCUUCAACACUGGAAAGAGCGUGGUGUUCCUUAAGGAAUUUGGUAUUUAUGGAGCUAGUCUAGCUUCUUCUGGGCCGGAACCCAAACUCGAUUAUGAGACUCUGUGUGGGACCUCCUCGGAGUUGCCACUGUCACCAUUCUCAGACCUAUUCGAGGCCGCAUUCGAGCGGUGGAUAGAGAACAAGUUCUCCCUUGCUUCCACUGUGUUGCGCCAGCACCUCUUCUCGGAAUGCGGUCUUUUUCGGAUCUUCACCGUGUUUCAUCACUUGUAUCUCUCGGCAGAUGGAUCUGUCUUUCAAGACUUUGCGGAUGCUAUUUUCGAACGUAUGGACUCGAGACGAAGGGGAUGGAAUGAUCGAUACCUCUUGACCGAGUUAGCUCGCGGCAUUUUCGCCACCAUCUUUGUCUCUUCCGACUUGGAAAGAUUGGUAGUGCGGACGGCCCAUAUCAAAGAUCAUGGUCGAUCAGUCAAGCUGCUAAAGAGCAUUUCGAUGGACUAUGCACUUCCUUGGCCGGUCAUGAACAUCAUCCAGCGAUCAUCGAUUCCUAUUUACCAACAGAUCUUUACCUUUCUGCUGCAAACCUACCGUGCCAAAUAUCUGUUGCAAAGGGUGGCAUGGGAAGAUUUCACACGAUCCAAUGACGACCAUUCGAGCCAGCUAAGCUACAAACUUCGUCUCCGACUCAUGUGGUUUUCUGACAUUCUCCGCUCAUAUCUUACAGAGACUGUCAUUGCACUAUCAACGCAGACCAUGAUUGCUGGCAUGGAGAAGGCAGAAGAUAUCGAUGAGAUGUCUGACAUCCAUCUCAAAUAUCUCGCAAGGCUACAGGAACAAGCGCUCCUCUCCCAGAACCUUAAGCCCAUUCACCGAGCGAUCGUAUCAAUAUUAGAUCUAUGCAUCCAUUUCUCUGAUAUUCAAGCGAAAGUUAGGCUGAAAGAUCUAACCGCCAAAGCACGGUUGGAACGACCACCAAAGAGCCCGACUAAGACAGCCAAGACCCUCUCAAGGAGGAAGAGCUUCAUACCUCUCGUUGAAAAUCUCUCCUCGGAUUCAUCAGAUAACGAAGUACACCCCGACGACUACAAUGCAUCUGGGGAGGCGAGAGCUGAGGAGGUGAGCUCGAACACACUGACCCAAAUCAACGAGCAAUUUGGCAGACUCUUACCGUUCGUAACGGCGGGACUAAGGAGUGUGAGUCGUGCGGGUGCCGAGCCGGUUUGGGAUAUGCUUGCUGAUAAGUUGGAAUGGAAUAAGCCUAGGGAUAAGUUCUGAGAGUCUCAGAUGGGACGGGUCGUGCAUUAAGGCUGGCUGGACAUCCCGCAAUCUCACGAAGUUUAGGAACGUUAUUAAGGAUUUACAGCAGCCGGAAUCACGUUCUGUGUCACCAGCCAGUUUGAAACAUACUCAACCGAG